AUGGACGCUGAAACUCCGCGUUCAUCAUUUGGCAAACAGCAACGUAAACGCCGUCUUGUGUUUAUUUCCUCACCCGAAACAUCUGAAAGUGAAGAACCUGCGAUGAUUACCUUGACACUUACUAAUAUAUUACGAACCGAAACAUCGGAAAAUGAGGAAUCCGCGCUUACUACCUUGCCACGUAAUUGCACAUUACGAAAGAAAAACACUGCGAUUCAAGAUUCUGAGGUUACGGAGAUUAUUGAACAAAUUGACUCUGACUUUAGUGCCUCGUCUUCCGAUAAUUAUCAACCAGAUUCGACUGGUUCGUCGUCUUCAGACUCUGAAAAUACGCCCUUUGAAGAUAGUCAAGUCGAGUGCUCUGCCGCAGAACACGAGCAGCCUCAUUUGUCUACGUCACUCCAAGUUCAGCAGGAUUUGGUAUCGCUAAAUGUUCCUGGACCCUCUCAAGGGCAAAGGGCGCGAGAAAGACCAUCUGUACCUUGGUCAACCACAAAUGAAGGUAUGAAGACUUUCGAUUUCACGGAAAACGUUGGUUUGAAAGUGACGGUAUCCAAUGAGUUAAACGCAAUAGAUUUUUUAAGUCUUUUUCUCGAUGAUGAAUUCCUGACAUAUAUUGUUCGAGAAACUAAUAAGCACGCUGCUGAUGUUUUGAUGAAGCCAGGAGUUGGGCCGAAAUCAAGAAUAACGGGCUGGAAAGACACAAAUGUCGCCGAGAUGAAAGUAUUUUUUGGCAUAAUUUUGCAUAUGGGUAUUAUUCGUCUCAAUCGUUUGACGGACUACUGGAAAAAGGAUCGUUUAUUCAACAUUCAAAUUUUCAGACAGUAUAUGUCGCGAAACAGGUUUUUGCUGCUGUUUAGAUGCUUGCAUUUUUCCAGUUCAUCAGUAGGGGGAUUGAGCAAAGUCGACGAAUUGAUUAAACGAUUUAAUGACAUGAUGAAUGAUCUGAUAUGCGCUCAGAAGGAAUUAUCACUCGACGAAAGUAUGAUUCUCUACAGAGGUCGUUUAUUUUUUAGACAAUUUAUAAAAAACAAGAAGCAUAAAUAUGGGAUGAAGCUGUACAUGCUCACAGAGCCCGAUGGCCUCGUUCUGAGACUGCAUCUGUAUGGAGGCUCCGCCGAUAUAACAAGUGGAAAAGGGCACACAGAAAAGGUGGUGCUACACCUAUUGAAAGAUUUUCUAGAGAAAGGCCAUUCAGUUUAUAUGGACAACUUCUACAAUGGGUAUAAUUUAGCCGCGAAGUUACUUACUCACAAGACUUACUGCACGGGAACUCUAAGAAAAAAUCGCGACUGCAAUCCUGAGAUUGUGAGUAGUAAAAUGAAAAAGGGAGAGAAUAAAUCUGUUUUUCAUAAUGGAAUUCACAUUGGAUGCCAUAGGGAUAAACGAUACAUUCCAUACAUAUCGACAGAACAUGAUGAUGAAAUGGUUACGGUGACCAACAAAAGGGGAAUCUCAAAAGAGAAACCAAAAGCUUUAGCUUUUUAUAAUAGGUUCAUGUCUGGCAUUGACAGGCAAGAUCAAAUGUUGUCGUACUACCCGUGUGAACGGAAAACGCUGCGCUGGUAUAAAAAGUUCUUUAUACAUAUAUUUCAAAUACAGAUUUUGAAUGCCUACAUCUUAUAUAACAGAUUUUCCGGGAAACGCUUAAAUAUGUACGAGUUCAGGAUGUCCCUCAUAAAUGAGUUAUUACCGCCAAAGGUUUAUUCAAUUUCAACUAGCUCACUAGUUCCCACUCGUUCGGAACGAGUUCACAAACUAACUAAAAUAGAAAACAAAACCGAAGAAACUAAAAAAGAUGCGCCUGGAUAUGUAAGAAAAACCAAUAGAGUAAAACGAAAGGUUUGUCGGCAAUGUACCGCUGCAAGAAAAAUACGUAAGCAGACACGCUACCACUGUGUUUCAUGCCAAGAGCAGCCUGGGCUUUGUGACCAGGAGUGUUUCGAUGCAUAUCAUGCUGGUCUAAAUUAA